AUGACUUUCUUUUUGGAUUGGGUUCAAUUUGAUAGAUCGGAGUUUAAUUUUAUGAAGCAAGAACAAUAUGAAAAAUCUGUUGCAAGAAGAGCAGCUCGUGCACAAAUGGCAGCUGCUGCCAAGCAAACAAUGAAAACAUCUGCAGACUUUCAGGUUGAAGGAACACCGGAAAGACCAAGAUUGUAUGUCUUCCGCUCCAACAAGCAUAUUUAUGUUCAAGUCAUUGAUGACUCCAAGAUGCACACAUUGGCUUCAGCUUCAACGAUGCAGAAACCAAUCUCCGAGGAAUUCGACUACUCUGCUGGUCCCACUGAAGCUUGUCAAGGUGAUUUAAUCGUGGGAUUGUUCAUGUGGGUACAUUUACUUUUACCCAUGUUGAGCAGUAAAGUGAGCAGUAAUCCACAGACGCGAGACUUAAUCUUACAGCUGGCUGAGAGGACGGAACUUCCAAUUACUUUAAAGGACUUGUGCUCUUUCUCUGCUACUUGAUAGUCACUGCAAGCUUCUUUGUGCAUAUAGAUCCAGAUGAUAUACGUUGAGAUAGAUAUUUUGACAGGACUACCAAGAAUUUUGCAGUCGGACAUUAUAUACGACUGUGGUCAAAGCUUGAAUCCAGCUACAGACUAAGGACAGAUUGGAGGGGCAUUUGUACAAGGAAUUGGAUAUUUUAUGCUUGAAGAAUAUCUUACAAAUGAAGACGGACUGAUGGUUACAAAUAGCACUUGGACAUAUCAUAAACCGACGAUUGACACCACACCUAAACGUUUGAACGUUCGUGUGCUAAACAGUGGACAUCACAAAAAACGUAUUAUAUCGU